AUGCUGGCCGAUGGUAUGGGCUCGGUAAAUGAACGGACGCUUUGUUGGUCGUGCAGCUGGUGCACGGUCGAUUGGGAUAAAAUAAAGGACCUCAGGGAAAGGCGGUGUACCUCCAAGCCACGCAGCAGCUGCGGCCUUCUUUGGAUUGCCGGAAAGCAUUGUCCCCCGUACUGCUGGCAGCAAGGACGGUCAUCGCAGGACAUGGUGCGCCGCGAGGCUCAGCUCUACCGUCCCGGAUCGACCGACUAA